CGUUUAAAGGAAUCUGAUGAAACUUCUUUUGCUGCAGCUGCUCCCUUAGUGCCAGCAGUAGUGUUUGGUGUAUCCAUGGCAACAGAACUCUAGAAUGUCUCCUGCUCUCCUGCUACUUUCAUAACUGAUAUCUAACCAUUUUGGAGGUUUGCAGAGUGUGUUGUGUUUGAAGUAACGUUAACUAUACAGUAAGUUAUACGGCAUGCAAAAAAUGGAAAACUAUCAUGACAAGUGGAGCCAGCCUGGUUGGAGAAUAGAGCAGAAGUAUGGCAACAAAGUACUUAUUGGUAAUUGGGUGGAGGAGAAAUUACAAUUCGCUCGAGAGUGCAAGACAGCAAACAGCUCCAACAGGCUGGACUACACGCCCUACAUGUUGCACAGGCCCGAUGUUGUCAUGCGGCGAAAGGCUCUUCACAGAUCAGAGGGUGUUCCUAAAAAGAUGUUACUUUCCCAUCAUGACGUCCCCUCCUCCCACUACCUGGUGACACUCUACGAUGAGUCGUACGGGCGGCAGGCCUCCUCCUCCCUGCCCACACUGCGCUCCUGGCAUUCUGACAAACUGGCAUGGGUCCCAGAGAGGUCAGAUCAUCCAGUCCAAGGCCCCCCUACUAAGUUUGGCUUGGCUGAGUCUUUGCGGGCUCGCAUGGAACAACAGCGGGCCGUUGUGCCCACACUAAGCGUGUAUAAGGCUUCAUACCCUCUGCACCCCAUCAGCGCCUUCUGUCAUUCUCGCCACGUCAGCAUGCCCAAGCGGAUCUCCAGCAGUCAGCACCCUGCCAACCACAGCAACGAGGACCUGGCACUGAAACACAGACCCUACAGGCAGGUCUCCAGUAAUCCAGCCCGCCUGCUGUGACCCUUACCCUUUGUCUCACCACCUUCAGCCCUCCAGUACCACACAGUCUGGACUAAAUCAGAGGAGAACAGGAGUGUUUUUGAGCCAAGACAAAUAAAAUGUCCAAAAGUUACCGCUAAUUCAAAUACUUUUAGCAUUAAAUGCAUAAGUUUUAUAUUACAUUGUAUUUUCAACAUAAAAGUGUAAAGCUGAACAUAAACACUAACAUGAAUUUCA